AUGGGUGUUGCAGUGCACAUAAAGAGGAUGGGCUUCUUAAAACAGUCAGAUUACAAAGCGAUACUCUAUCGUGUAUUUGAGAGUGUUGCUCAGAAAUAUGACAUUAUGAAUGAUUCAAUGAGCCUGGGAAUUCACCGGUUGUGGAAAGACUGGCUGAUCCGUCAUAUGAAUCCCACCCCCGGCACUCAGCUGCUAGAUGUGGCAGGAGGGACAGGAGAUAUUGCAUUUCGCUUUAUCAAUUACAUCCGUGCACAAAGGGAGAAAAUGAUUCGCAGCCAGAUAAAAUCUCAGCAGAACCUGUCCUGGUCAGAAAUCUCAAAAUCAUACAGUCAUGAUCAGCUCGGGUCAUUGAUGGGUUCGCAGGCUGUGAUCUGUGAUAUCAACAAGGAGAUGUUGAAAGUUGGAAAAGAGAAGUUACUGCAAAUGGGUUACUCUGAAGGUUUGUCUUGGGUAGCUGGUGAUGCUGAGGAACUUCCAUUUGCCGAUGGCAAGUUCGAUGUUUAUACAAUUGCUUUUGGGAUUCGAAAUGUGACCCAUAUAGAGAAGGCUCUUGAAGAAGCAUAUCGCGUGUUAAAACCAGGAGGAAGGUUCUUAUGUCUGGAAUUCAGCCAAGUCAAUAACCCAUUACUAGCAAGGAUUUAUGAUCUAUACAGUUUCCAGGUUAUACCGGUGCUGGGAGAAGUCAUAGCCGGAGACUGGAAAUCUUACCAAUAUUUAGUUGAGAGUAUCCGACGCUUCCCUCCACAGGAGGAAUUUAAAGAGAUGAUUGAAGAUGCUGGUUUUUUCAAGGUGAACUAUCACAAUCUAACAUCAGGAGUUGUUGCCGUUCAUUCAGGAUUCAAAUUAUGAUGCCAAAGUAACAGAAUCACUGCUCUAGUAAAAUAUGCAGAUGUAUUUGCUGAAUAGAAUAUGUAACUUAUUUUUGUAUUAAAUCUUAUUUGCUAUAAAACGUUUAUACUUUAAUAAAAUAUGCGGUCACAUGUUAUGACAU